AUGAUAAAAAUACCCUCCAAACGAACCAGUAGUAACAAAGCAAAAGAUCUCGCGGAAAGCGGAGUAGCCACCGUCUUGUCUGUGGAUCAAUGGAAGGCCACUCCCGAUUCCAAAUGCGAUUGUCCCAAGGAUGAAACAGUGAGUGUCAACUUUAUUUGCAUGCAUCCCGAUGGUGCUGAUGGAGAUGAUGAUAGUGAUAAGGCACCACCACCUCAAACACCUCAAACCGACACACCUGGCCUGGCCCAAGCUGCCCGUUAUCAAGAAAUCUUUCUCGACAAGGUUGGCAUGCUGUAUGCCGUUCAAGACGCUGCCUCACGUCACGUCUUGGACGAUCGGUUUGACAGUUUUUUGAGUGACGGUGAAAAACAACUCAAGGAUUCUUUGUUGACGUUCCUGAAAAAGGCAAGUCCAAAAGCCAAGGCAACCCAUGCCUUUUCGUAUUUGGAAAAACUCCUGAAGACCAAAAUGGGGUAUCAGGACAUGAUGGGACGUGGUGCGACUCGUACGGCCGCCAAGAGACUUUCCUACUUUUGGAAACCAAAAAAGGAAUCAACUACAACCCUGCCAACCACGACGACAGAAAAAGCGACAACAUCAACACCAACAUCAACAGCAACAUCAUCACAACAACCGUCUCGUCCAUUGCCCACCACUGCAAACAAGUCAAGCACACCACCAUCACAACAGCAGUCACCUAAGGCACCAAAUCCAGGUCACGUCUUUGUGUGCAAUUCCUCGGUGUGCGACAUUCAGUGCGAUGCCUUUUUGUGUCCUGGCCAUAUAUCUCGCAAGAAGGAAAACAUAUCGGGAAGCAUCUUUCAUCAAUGGUACAAGGGUUCUCUUGCGGCGGAACUCAUGCGAAAGGCAAAAGGCAUGGACGAAUUUCAACAACGACAACAACAAAGACGAGUUGGCACUCAUCAGAAACUGCAACAACAUCAAGGUUAUGAUCGAGUCGUGACCAUUCAGGAAUGGCCACAAGAUAGUGAUGCUUUCGAUUUGCCUCUGUUGAUUGCUGGAGAAGUAUCUUUGGAGUCGCAAUUGCAUGCCUACAAUUUGGCUUGCGAUAAAAGUGAACGAGCAACAAAUACUGAGGACCUACCACCAGAUGACUUUCGAGUCGAAUUUUUGCUGGAAACAGUCCGCCAAUUCCUAGAGUUGGCAUCGACUCUCGUUCAACAACAAGGCACGAAAAAACCAAAUGUCCAUCGAGAACGUUAUUUGCUGGCGGUUCCCAUAUUGGGAACGGGUGGAGGCUACGCUGGGGACAUGACGGGACAGAUUGUGUACAAGUUGCUGGAAAUGGUCACCAAUUUUGUUGCCUCCAGCACUCCUAAUAUGGAUGUGGUGGUGGUCACGGUCGACGAUGCCACCUAUGCUCACGCCCAAGUCAUUCGAAAGAAUCAACUCGGCGAGUCAUCCGGAAGGUAUCCUUGCUUUGCAGCCUUGUCCAAAAGUCAAAAUGACUAUGCUGCUCAAUUGGCCAGUUUGGCAGAAGGUCGACAUUUGGCACUCUUUGUGGGUGCUGGGGUUAGCAUUGGAUCUGGUUUGCCCAGCUGGUUUGGUUUACUGAACUUGGUAGAAGAUGCCUUUACUCCCACUGGAAACUCGUCAGAACGAAGCGUGGGAGACGAUUGCGACUGGGAUCCAUUGGCCAUGGCCCAAGUAUUGAAAGACUGGUGCGACACCAAGCCGGAUCGGAAUGGAGUGCAACAGUCAUUGAAGAAACGAGUCUGUCAGUGCUUGCAAGACAAUGGCCGCACGCUCGGACUCUUGCUAUGUUUGCUCAUGUCACUCCCCUUUCAUUCCAUGGUGACUCAAAAUUACGAUACUCUGAUUGAACAAGCCUGUCAAAAGUGGAGUCUUGCCGCAAUCAGGCAUGGACCACUCACUGGAAACACUACGAAACGCAACUUGAGUGUGAUUCCCUAUCGUCCCCAACGCAAAGCUCACUAUUGGCUGUUGAAGAUGCACGGAUGCGUAUCUCGGCCGGAAGAUAUUAUAUUGACCGAAGACGACUAUGCUCAGUAUUCUACCUCGUCCAAAGCCCGCGCGUUGGAUGGGUUGGUCCAAGCGAGUUUACUCACCAAACACUUCUUGUUUGUGGGCUUUAGCUUGACAGAUCCCAACUAUUUGCGGAUCAUAGAUCAAGUGAGAGAAGCGCUGUAUCGGGAUGAUCCAUCGUACCAUGACAGUCGCGAUGAUGAUUCUUCACAAUGA